AUGCCUUUCCGCCUACCUCGUCCUGGAUGGGUUUCACGAUGGAGCAUGCCGAGUUACCUGGCCGGGAUACCAAUGCCGGCAUUGCAGCUGAUUGCGUUGAUCGCGUUCAUCAACGCCUUGGUCUGGGUUGCUGCGGGGAUCCUGCUGCAUUAUAACCCGACGCUCAUAUCGCCAGCCGUUUUGUCUUACACCCUCGGCCUCCGCCACGCCCUCGAUGCAGACCACAUCUCCGCCAUCGACCUCAUGACGCGCCGUCUCAUCGCCUCAGGCCAACGUCCCGUCGCAGUCGGCACUUUUUUCUCGUUGGGCCACUCCACCAUCGUGAUAGUAACCUGCAUAGUAGUAGCCGCCACAGCAGGCGCGCUACGCGAUCGGUUUGGCGAUUUCCAGCGUGUUGGCGGGAUUAUUGGGACGAGUGUAUCGGCGGCUUUCUUGUUGGUGUUGUGUGUGGGCAAUGGGUGGGUUUUGUGGAGGUUGGUGGGGAGGGUUAGGAGGGUUGUGGAGGAGCAGGAGCGGAGGAGGAGGAGGGCGGAGAUAAUACAUGAGGAAGACAGGGAAGGGGAAGGAGGGGAUGUGGAUGGGGUGACGGGGCAGAAUGCGUUGGAGAUGGAAGGGCCGGGGUUUUUGUCGAGGGUGUUUCGAAGAGUGUUUAAGAUUGUGGAUCGGCCGUGGAAGAUGUUGCCGUUGGGGAUAUUGUUUGGGUUAGGGUUUGAUACGAGUUCGGAGAUUGCGUUGUUGGGGAUUGCGAGUGUGCAGGGGGCCAAGGGGACGAGUAUGUGGGUGAUUUUGAUCUUUCCGGCUUUGUUCACUGCCGGGAUGUGUUUGCUAGACACCACAGACGGAGCACUCAUGAUGGCGCUGUACACAUCCAAGGUGUUCUCCCGAGACGUGGUGGCCAUCCUCUACUACUCCAUCGUCCUGACCGGCAUCACCGUCCUGGUCGCGGCGUUCAUCGGGAUCAUCCAGAUCCUGUCUCUGGUCCAAAACGUGGCCGAACCCGAGGGCAGUUUCUGGGAUGGUGUCAGUGCCAUUGGGGACAACUACGACAUUAUCGGAGGCUGUAUCUGUGGCCUGUUCUUGCUUGUUGGGAUAGGGUCCGUGAUUGUGUACAGGCCGUGGCGUAGACGCAUGGACAAGCGUGCGGAGAGGAGAGUAGCGGCGGGUGAAAGUCCGGAUGACGAGAAUCGGACGCCGGACCCGCUGCUUUUCGAUCAUGGGAUUCCGACGCCGUCGUAUGGGGGGGUCUCGGGGGUUGGGAAGGGAACAGGGGAUGGAAAGGGAACCAAGGCCGAUACUAACACGACGACGCCUGUGUAA